AUGAAGAAAGGAGGAAGGAUGGACAGAGAUCGAAGACUACAGGAGGAGAGGAGGAGGAACGUGGAGAAGAGGAGCCAAAGAGGAGGUGACAUCAGCAUGGAGACUCCUUGGAAACUUCAAGCGAACCUGCUGCACUUCAAGAUGUUUCUCCUCCUCGUCAGGACGUCUGCUCUCGCUCUGAUGAUCACUGUCACCGCCGGGCUCGUUACCACGGCGACGGACGAGCAAGGCCUCACCUGCCGACAGGAGAUCCCCACCGAGCUGAUCCGAGACCUGUGGAGCCGGACCAGACAACUGAUCAACAAACUGCCAAAAGAAGAUAAAUUCUCCAGGCGACUGAGGCUGCUGCCCAAGUUUUGCACCAAAUGUCCUGAGCGUGCGAUUGGCUGGCUGGAGAUGAGGCAAAUGAUCGAUGUGUUCCAGAGGAGUGUGUUCAGUAAAGAGGUUGUCCAGAAGCUCCUCCCCCUCCACUACAACGAACUGCUGUACAGGCUGCAACACACACUGCAACACUGUGUUUCUUCCUCAAAACCUUCAAAAUGGUUCAAAAUCAUCAAAAAACUGGAAAGAAAAAUUAAAAAGAGGAGAGACGAAGGAGCACUAAAGGCUGUUGGAGAGUUCACCUUCAUCCUCAGGUGGAUUGAUGAACUGGUACAGCACCACAUCCUGUAG